CCUUCCACUCCGAUCCAGAAACCCUGCUUCCUACGUUUUUAAAAACGCCACACUCCUCUCUUGUCCCUGAAAUCACACUUCUACUUUGCCCACAGAAACAGCGUUUGAGAGAAGGAGAUGGCAAAGCGCUUGAUUCCCAGCCUCAAUCGCGUUCUUGUAGAGAAAAUUGUCCCUCCUUCCAAAACCACCGCCGGCAUUCUCCUCCCUGAGAAGUCCUCACAGCUUAAUUCGGGAAAAGUGAUAGCAGUUGGACCCGGGUCACGUGAUAAAGCAGGAAAUUUGAUUCCGGUGGCCGUGAAGGAAGGUGAUCACGUGCUCUUGCCGGAGUAUGGUGGCACCCAGGUUAAGCUCAACGACAAAGAGUUCCAUUUGUUUAGGGACGAUGACAUUUUGGGCAUUCUGCAUGAUUGAUGUCGUGUUUGGUGUUUGUCUGAAACAUGGAAAUUCUGAUUGAUUAGAAAAUAAUUUAAUGUCAUGGUUAAGAAUGUAACUUGUUGCAAA